GCGCAUGCGACUUUGCGUCCUGCUGCCAUGCUCUCGCUAUGGCCCCUGCUUCUUUCGUUAGCGUAUCUCGCGCAUUCUGUACUUGCCAGGUCGAGCACCGGUGAUUCCGUGCUCGUCGUGCUCGACCCGGGGCUAAAGCGGGCCAACUUCUCGACGUUCUUCGAUGGUUUGGAAGAACGUGGAUUUGAACUCACCUUCCGUGCGCCGAAGGAUGUGCAACCUGCAGUGAUUGCAGAUGACCAUCCGAACUUCUCGCAUGUCAUCCUGUUCGCGCCGGACUCCAAGAACUUUGCCUCGGACAUUACACCACAGUCCCUCGUGGAUCUCCUCUCUAAAAAUACGAACCUCCUCAUAGCCGUCGGGACAAAACAGACACCAUUGACAUCCCUCGCGGCCGAGUUCUCCCUCAUUCUUCCUCCUCCAGGCACACCUCUCAUAUCUCAUUUUCCCGAGAGAGACACGCCCGCCACUGUAAUCCCUGUUAACGUGCCGGCGUCACACGCUGUCCUCUCGCCAAACAUCCCGCCAGUAUGGUUCUCCGGCGUUCCCUUCGCGUUCGGGAGCAAUCCGCAUAUUGUACCGAUACUCAAUGCUCCUGUCGAGAGCUUUGCUGCGGAUUCUGACAGCGAUUCCGGCGCCGACGCGCUCGUUGAUGCGUCAGAGAAGGGCGGCGAGGGUCUCUGGGCGGGGAGCUCAUUGGGACUUGUCGCUGGCUUCCAGACCCUUGGGGGAGGCAGAGCAACUUGGGUAGGGAGCGUGGAUCUCUUCAACGAUGAAUUUUUCAAGAGAGAACUACCAGGGGGUGUGCAUCCAGGAAAUGCACAGUUUGCUGCAGACAUUGCCGCAUGGACUUUCCAGGAAACAAAUAUGCUGAGAAUCGACAGCGUCACUCACCAUCGUGUCAAUGAGACUGAAUCAGCAAGCCAGUACACCAUCAACAACCAUGUCACAUAUACAAUGCACAUAUCCAAAUUCAACCCGCAAACGUCGACGUGGGAACCGUACUCCGGCAUAAAUGAUAUGCAACUCGAGUUUACGAUGCUUGACCCGCACAUUCGCACAAUCCUACCGCCAGUCGCCGGCGAGGCAGGAAAUUAUUCUGUUACAUUCCGUGUCCCUGACAGGCAUGGCGUGUUCAAAUUCGUCGUCGACUACAAGCGCAGAGGCUGGUCCUACCUGCAGAGCACGACAGUCGUACCUGUCGUGCCACCGCGGCAUGAUGAGUAUCCGCGCUUCCUUAGCCCAGCGUGGCCCUACUACGCCGGCGCGAUCAGUACGAGCGUCGCGUUUGUUCUGUUUUGCGCGCUGUGGCUGGCGGGGGACAGCGUCGAGCCUCAGCCUGGUAAGAAGGCGAAAAGCUCCAAAUCGGAGUAGAUGGUAGUUAAUGUAUGAUACCCGUGCCCUGCUGGUUGGAUGUAAUACAUGCUGUGGUAUGUUGUGCGAAGCUUGCCGGGUCUGCCUCCCGUGAUGACCAUCC